GAAGAAGCCGUUUUCGUCUGAGUUUUGGCUGAUUUGAAAAAAGGUUGCAGAGAUGGUGAGAGGGAAGACUCAAAUGAAACGAAUCGAGAACGCUACCAGCAGACAAGUUACUUUCUCCAAGCGUCGGAGCGGUCUACUCAAGAAGGCCUUCGAACUUUCCGUUCUCUGCGAUGCCGAAGUGGCGCUCAUCAUCUUCUCUCCUAGGGGAAAACUCUAUGAAUUCUGCAACUCCGGCAUGCAGAAGACGAUAGAUCGUUACCAAAGACUUGCAAGAGAUGUACAAAUCAACAAUGAGGCUGUAGAACCAAACAUGCAGCAUUUGAAGUGUGAAGCUGCCAACAUGGCUAAGAAGAUUGAGCUUCUUGAAAUUUCAAAACGAAAGCUUACGGGAGAAGAUCUGGGAUCAUGCUCCAUAGAUGAACUGCAGCAGAUAGAAAGCCAGUUGGAGCGAAGCUUAAGCAACGUUAGGGGAAGAAAGACUCAGUUAUCUAAGGAACAGAUUGAGAAACUGAAGGAAAAGGAGAGGAUACUAAAAGUAGAGAACAGAAUGCUACACGAGAAGGCAAAGCAACAGCCAACCCCAGAUAGAGAGAUUGUCCCAAACAGUCAAAUUUUUCCACAUACAUAUGUGGAAACCGAACUGUUUAUUGGAAUACCUGAAAGAGGAACAAUGCGCCUCCCACCACAGAACUGAUCAGUACACCCGAUGGUACCAACAAAAGAUUCUAGAGGGAUGUAGAAAAACCCAUCUUGAUAUGAAAAUUGUUGUCACAUAAAGUAUUAUCUACAUGCAAAUAUAUGCA